AUGCUCCUCAAACCGACUCCAUUCUACUCGUAUAAAGUGGCAGGCAUUGGGGUGGCGCCGUUGUGGGCUGAAGUCAGGGCCAUCCCCGGCGCAGAAGCGCGAGAACCUCCAGGCCUGACCAGACAUGUCGCAUGUAUAACAGGGAUAACCGCCGCUUCCGCCGCAGUGGCCGCAUUGACGUCUGCUGCUGCUGCGGCGGCCGCCGCUCACCGAGCCGUCGCCGUUGCACACGACGCAACGGACCACGUGGCCGCUGCUGAUGCAGGUGUUGCAGUCGGCAUGGGUCCCGUCCGGGCGGGCGGUCGGAGAGGUUCCUUCACCUUCGCAGUGGAAACAACGGACCCAUCGGUUGCGGCAAUCAGGACAGUCGAUCGAUACGUAUAUGGCGCAUGGGCGUCCAAUAUCGUUGUUGCAGAAUCCACACGGGUUUGGACCUGGAACCCCGAGGGGUGUUGGUAA